CCCCCGAAAAUCGGUCGGCGAGUGUUUUUCCAGCGAUUUCGACUGGCAUGGGCCGCAAUGCAGGCCCCAUUCCGGGAGCGCAGCCUGCUUUCGCGCGUCCACCGCCUCCCUGUGGUCCACAUAGAGUGCCUGAAGGCCUGUGAAAUGGGGGAGCGGCCGCAACAGGCGACGCAGGGCCGGGGCUGCACGCCCUCGCUGCGCUACCUGCACUCCCGCCACAUCGCACACGGCGACCUCAAGACCGCCAACGUGCUGCUGCAGCGCUCCGACACCGACCCCCGCGGCUUCGUGGCCAAACUGGCGGGCUUUGGACUGGCACGGCAGCUAGGCGCACCCACCGGGGCCGAGAGACUGGAAGGGGCGGGAGCAGCGGGAGGAGGCGCAGCGGCGGGAGGAGGAGCAGGCCGGGGCCAUGGAGCAGCAGGAGCAGGGGGGGUCAGGGGGAUGGACCCGGGACUGCUGGUCAGCCGCAUCGGCACCGUCACACACAUGGUGGGCCCGUGUGGGGUGGCCGUGUGGACUUGAGGGGUGGUGGGCUGGCUGAGGGUUGGCGGUGGAAUGGGGCUGAAUGGGGCUCAGGAAUGAAUGAAUGCAAACUCAAUACUGGCAACUUAGCCCCUGCGCCCAGCUAUCAGUGCCGACCGAUCGUGGCCUGCAUCGACGUUUGUUGUAGUCGAUGUCAGGGGGGGGGGCUCUCCUGAUCGAUAUGCAAAUUAGCGGGGGGGUGCCCCCCCCUGCGCCCCCCCUCAAGCGGGGGGAGGGACACAGGAGGGUAGGAAAUCCGAAAAGUUGCCGGUGGCCUCUGGCUGUAAGGGUGAGCCGGGUACCCUGCCGAGCCAUAUUUGGCUGCGUGCGCGGGGGGUUGAAGCUGCCUGGGGCGGGUCGCCGCGGCAGUCCAGAUGCCUGCGCCGAGGGAUGGCAGAUGCCUGCGCGACCCCGCGCCAUCAGCACGGAUGCCUGCGCGAGGCAUUGCAGAUGCCGCGGCGCCCCUGCUAGCACAUCCGAGCUGCCUAUUGUAGCCACCCUAGUUGCUUGGUAAAAAUGCCGCAAGAGGGUUUGGAAUGGGUAACGGGCAGUGUGUAAGUGGGUACGGAG